UUCACGACUUGUCUCAAACAAGAGAAAGAAACAAGCAUAAAAUCUUUUUUAUAGAUAUUCAACAUAUGCUCCCUAUGAUAACUGAAUUCAUAAAUUAUGGUCAACAAACAAUACGAGCCGCCAGAUACAUCGGCCAAGGUUUCAUGAUUACCCUGUCCCACGCAAAUCGUUUACCUGUAACUAUUCAAUACCCCUACGAAAAAUUGAUCACAUCGGAACGUUUCCGAGGCCGAAUACACUUUGAAUUUGAUAAAUGCAUUGCUUGUGAAGUAUGUGUGCGUGUAUGUCCUAUAGAUUUACCCGUUGUUGAUUGGAAGUUGGAAACUGAUAUUCGAAAGAAACGAUUGCUUAAUUACAGUAUUGAUUUUGGAAUCUGUAUAUUUUGUGGUAAUUGCGUUGAGUAUUGCCCAACAAAUUGUUUAUCAAUGACCGAAGAAUAUGAACUUUCUACUUAUGAUCGUCACGAAUUGAAUUAUAAUCAAAUCGCUUUGGGUCGCUUACCAAUGUCAGUAAUUGAUGAUUACACAAUUCGAACAAUUUCGAAUUUACCUCAAAUAAACAAUGAAUAA